AUGCCACUAAAGGCAAACACCUUCCUGGGUGGUCGGGGCACCCUUCCCGCCCAGGAGCCCAGGCUGGUGAAAACCCAGCCUGCUCGCAAGGGUCCUUUCCGGGCAUGCUCAGUGCGAGGCCUGGCCAGGCCGGCGGCGGCCCGACUGCUGGGCGGCGGUCCUCCUCCCCGGCGGCGGUCCGGCUCCUCCGGCGGCGAUCCUCCCCCGCGCGCGGUCCUCCUCCCUCGCGCGGUCCGCUUCCUCCCCCGGCGAUCUUCCCGCGCGGUCCUUCCCCGGCGCGAUCCUCCCCCCGGCGGCGGUCCUCCUCCGGCGCGGUUCCUCCUCCCCGGCGCGAUCCCUCCUCCGGCGGCGGUCCGCUCUCCCCCGCCGGCGAUCCUCCUCCCACGCGCGGUCCUCCUCCCCGGCGGCGUCCGCUCCUCCCCCCGGCGGCGAUCCUCCUCCCGGGGCGGCGUCCGGGCUCUCGCUCCCCGGCGGCGAUCCUCCUCCCCCGGCGCGGUCUCCUCCCCGGCCGCGAUCCUCUCGGCCAGCGGUCCGGCUCCUCCCCCGGCGGCGGUCGGCCUCCUCCUCCCCGGUCGCGAUCUCCUCCCGGCCGGCGAUCUCCCUCCCCGCGCGGUCCUCCUCCCGGCGGCGUCCGGCUCCUCCCGGCGGCGAUCCUCCUCCCCGCGCGUCCUCCCACCUCCCCGGCGGCGGUCCGGCUCCUCCCCCGGCGGCGAUCCUCCUCCCCGGCGGCGAUCCUCCUCCCCCGGCGGCGGUCCGGCUCCUCAUCCCCCCGGCGGCGAUCCCUCCUCCCCCGGCGGCGGUCCUCCUCCCCAGGCGGCGAUCCUCCUCCCCGGCGGCGGUCCGGCUCCUCCCCCGGCGGUCGGCUCUCCUCCCCCGGCGGCGAUCCUCCUCCCCGCGCCCGAUCCUCCUCCCGGCGGCGUCCCUCCCCGGCGGCGGUCCGGCUCCUCCCGGCGGCCGGUCCGGCUUCCUCCCCGGCGCGAAUCAAUCCCUCCCGGCGCGGUCCCGGCUCCUCCCCGGCGGCGAUCCUCCUCCCCGGCGGCGGUCCUCCUCCCCCGGCGGCGUCGGCUCCUCCUCCCCCGCGGCGGUCGGGCUCUCCCUCGCGGGCCGAUCUCCCUCCACCCGGCGGCGUCCGGAUCCUCCUCCCGGCGGCGGUCCGCUCCUCCUCCCGGCGGCCCGCGCGGGAAGGGGCGGCGCGGGGGCUGGGACACCCAGCAGGCCGGAGAGUCGCCGGGAGCGCGCCCCGCCCGGAGGCGGACCGCGGCCGUCCGGCGGGCCGGGCGGAGCCCCGAUGGCUGGCGGCGCGGCGGCCUGCACGGCGACGCGCGGCUGCGCUCGGCCGGGACGCGCCGAGGCCCCCCCGCGCUGCUGGCCCCCGCCGUGCUGCUGGGCGCCGCGGUCGGCGUGGGCCUGGGGCUCUGGCUCGGCUGCCGCGCAGGCCGGCUGCGCCCGCGGCCCCAGAAAGACGACGCUCAAAGUCUGCUCAAGAAUUUGGAGUGGAACGUGCAGACGCCCUCGGAAACCGGCUCCCCAUCGAGGAGGCGGAAGAGAGAAGCGCGGACGUCCAGGGACGAGGACGACGCUCUGGACGGAUGUGCGCCUCCACCCAGCAGCAGCGUCGCUGCGUUCGCACUGAAGGCGAAGGUCGUCUACCCCAUCAGCCAGAAGUUCCGGCCUCUGGCCGACGGGUCCUCCAACCCGUCUCUGCAUGAGAACGUGCGGCGAGCCGUCCUGCCGCACCAGCCGGCGGGGGCCUCCCCGUCCAGCAGCCUGGGGAGCCUGAGCCAGGCUGGGAAGGACGACUGCAGCUCCUCGGCCAGCAGCCGCUCGGCCGCCAGCGCCGACAGGCUUCUCAGCCGCACCUUCCUCCGGGUGGACACCUUCCCAGAGGUGCUGGCCUCUGAGAGCGCGGACGUCGCCCUAUGUGUGUACCACCUUCACCUGAAAGACCUGCUGCGUCUGGACACGGCGCUGAGACAGGAGAAGCACCUGAUGUUUAUUCAGAUUUUAAAAAUGUGCCUCCUUGAUCUUCUUCCUAAAAAGAAGUCUGAUGAUGAAUUAUACCAGAAGAUUCUUUCAAAACAAGAAAACGAUUUGGAGGAGUUAGAAAGGGGACUUCAGGCCAAGCUGUCAAACAUGGAGGUGUUGGGUGCCGGUGACUCGGAACACCUGGCCCUGGCAGAUGAGGAGAGGGAGGAGAGAGAGCGUUCGGAGCAGCUGGUGGACAAUAUGGAAGCUUUCUGGAAACAGAUGGAAAACACCCAGCACUUUCUUGUGGACCAGUUGAAGUGUUCCAGCUCCAAAGCCCGACAGCUCUCCAUGACGCUGGUGGAAAGAAUGAUCGCAGCCGAAGGGCUGCUGCGCGACUCCCAGGAUCUGCAGGCGCUGGAUACCCUGGAGAGGACGAUGGGGCGGGCACACAUGGCAAAAGCGAUCGAGUCCCUGCGGCUGCAGAUCCAAGAGGAGACCAGGUGCCGCCUGGCCGCCAUUUCCCGCGGCCUGGAGCAGCUGGCGGCGGAGGGGAAGCUGUCCGUGCGGCAGAAGGAGGAGCUGCUGGCGCAGCAGCACAAGUCCUUCUGGCAGGAGGCAGAGCACUUCAGCAGGGAGUUUGUCCAGCAAGGCAAAGACCUGGUCCAGGCGUCUCUGGCUCACCAGGCAGAGGGGACGGCAAAGCUCACGCUGGCCCAAAAAGAGGAACAGAGAAGCUUCCUGGCUGAGGCCCAGCUGACCACUGACCCGGAGAAGUUCCUCAAGGCUUUCCACGAGGUCCUGGAGAGGCAGAGGCUGACUCUGUGGGACCUGGAGUUGGAGGAGGACAUCAGAACCACUGAAGCCCUGGCUGCCCUCUGUCAGGAACUGUACUGCAGCACCAUAGACACGUUCCAGAAGUCUGCGGACAUCCUGUUCCUUGAGAGGCUCCCCGGCGUGACUGGCCUCCCCCCGGUGGAGUGUGACUGCUUGAGGCAGGAGGUGCAGGAGGACGCCGCCCGGCUGCUGCGGAAGGCAGGCCGUUUCCGGAGGCGGCAGUGGCAACUGUUCCAGGAGCUCCUGCAGGAGGAGCAGCAGGUGUGGAUGGAGGAGUGUGCUCUGUCCGAUGUGCUGCAGACACACCUGCGGGAAGGCCUCGAGAGCACGGUGCGCGGAGCCUUGGGCCGACUUGGCGGCCUCACCGAAGAGUCUGCCCGGUGCGUCCUGCAGGGCCACAGCCUGCUGCUGGGCUCGGCGCUGCGGAGGCUGGCUCUCCGCGGCAGCUCCCUGGCCACCCUGGCGCAGAUGAGGCUGUCGGGGAAGAGGCGCGUCCUCCAGGAGCUGCGGGAGCAGCGAGCGCUGGGGCAGGCGUCCUCCCCGUGCCUGGACGAGCACCAGUGGCAGCUGCGCAGAGCCCUGGAGGCGCGCAUGCGGGAGGAGGCUGGCCGGCUGGAGGAGGAGGCGCAGCGGACGCGGCUGCAGCUGCAGCAGCAGCUCCUGGCUGAGGCCCAGGAGGUCGGACGGCGGCUGCAGCAGCACACGGAGCGCGCCGUUGGCCAGGCACUGCUGGGGCACGCGCGCAACGCGGCCAUCAGGAGCCGGGCCAAGGACAGGGAUGACUUCAAGAGGGCGCUGGUGGAGGCGGCAGCGGAGAGCGUCCACGUGACCGGCGCGGGCAUCCGCCACCUUGUGCAGGCCUACGACCAGCGAAUCGGGAAGAUCGUGCAGGACCACGCGGAGAGGAAACGGCAGCACCUGAAGGCCCUGCAGGGCGAGAGGGUGGAAACCUACCGGCUGCGGAAACAGCAGGAGCGCGGCGGCCCUUCGGGGAGCAGGCUGGCAGGCGGGACGCUCGGGGCCACCCUCGCUGUCCACCAGAGGGUGCUGUCCCAGCAGAAGCAGCUCCUGGCCCAGCUCACUGUGCACCAGCAGGUGCGCCUGGGUGCCUGGAAGCAGCAGGCGAGAGCAAUGGACCUUCUGGAAGCCCAGCUCGAGACCCAGCUGCAGGAAGCCGAGCAGAGCUUCGUCUCCGAGCUGGGAGCCCUGGCCCGGCUGCCCCUUGCUGAGCGCAAGCUGCUCCCCAGCGAGCCCGGGCUGCCGGAGAAGCCCCUAAGGACCAAAAGGAAGAAGCCCCUGUCCAGGGAGAGGGCUGACCCAGGGGUGCCCAACAAUGAGGACCCUGCCUCUGGGGACCACACCUCAGGAUCGCUCAGCAACAAAAGGCUGAGUCAACAGGAAAGUGACGCUGGUGACGGCGAGGGCUCAACGAAGACGCCCAAGAGAAGGAGCGACCUGUAGUUCCGGACCAGUGGGGGCUGAGCCUGCAGCCCUGGCCGGGGUGCCUGUGGCCGGCGCCCCUCCUGCGGCCGUGGGAGGGCUCGCGGGUCUCCCCUCGGCCUCACAGCCUGUGCUGACGGGUGAGCGAGGCUGCUGGGAGGCUCAGAGGAGCACGCAGGCCCCGGGGCGGGGAGCCGUGGAGCCCGGGGAGGCCGGCAUCGGAGCCGCAAGUCUGCAUCUCCUUCGGCUUCGAGCCCUGGCUCAAGUCCUCGCGGAUCUCACUCUUCCGCGGAGGUUCCCCUUUUCUGGCUCUCCUCCUGCCCUGUAACCCAGCCCCAGCCCUCGGUCCUGACGCCACCGAGCCUGCCUUUCCUGAGCUUGAGGUGGUCUCACUGCCGCCUCGGGCCCUCUGCCCCCCGCCUCUCCGAGAAGGCUGCCGGGCGGGUCUCCGCGGUGCUGGUGUUUUCUGAUCUGAGGCCUCUGUCUCGGCCACCUCCAGCGCCCCGUCCUCUUCCUCCCGUGCGCCUGGCCGCGGGCUGCCCAGCACUCUCAUCGGGACCCACUCCCGGCUUUGUGUUCUCCUGCCCGUCGGCACAGCUGGCAGCUGAGGCCUGGUCACCACGGGGGGGGGUCUGCUUCUCAGGGCCUGAUGACCCUGACGAGGGGGUCCCCGCCCGAGUCCUGUCCUGACCCACCUGGGGGCCGAGGACCCGCAGGUCUAAGUGCUGCUGCCGCGUCUUCUCGGGGAGGGAGCUCUCGCCCCGCCCGCGGCACACCUGUGGCUGGGCCUCCCUGGAGGAGUGAUGUCCGGGCACCUGCUGCUCCUGACGGGUGAGAGGCAUCCAGAAGCCUCCAGACCAGCCACAGGCCGCCGCAGCCGGGAGAGGCCUGCCCCAGCUGGAGAGGAAGUUCUCAGCACCGGCGCCGUGGACAUGUAGGCGAGCGGACUCUGCCUGGGGAAGGACCUGUGCUGUGCGUGCCAGCACCAUCCACCGCCAGUGUGACAGCAGAAAUGUCGGAGACAUUGCCAGUGUCCCUUGGCCCUGGUCACAUCCGGCUGUGGGAGCCAGUGUGUCCGCUAAUUCCCAGAACACGGUGGCCCUUUGGAUUUUCUGGGCCAUUUGCGAAUUUACAUUUCUUAAAACCUAAAUUAGACUCUCUCAGGCGAGGAGUGGCCCCUUCCUGGAAGAAGUACCCAGACCCCCCGCCGGGGCAUCCUUUGUCCCCACAGGGCGGAGGUGCCGCCUCCAAGGUUGGCCAACAGCUCCCUCUGGUGGCCCAAUAAAAUAGUUCCUGAGUCUGUGGA